CAAGUGUAUAUAAUUCCCUCACAAAAAAACUAUACAAAUAUAACCUAUAGAUGCUACAUUGUUUUGAUCCCAGCCAUCAAGUUUCUCAAUAUAAGUAUAUUACAGACAGAUUCAAGCACAUUUUUUCACUUACAAAUUAACUCGAGUGUCCGUAAAUAUCUGCACAAUCCAUCAAUGAUCGAUCAACAAUCACAAUCGUCUUCGAUCCCGCCGAAAAGAAAAUAAUACGCCAAGUCUACUUAUCUAUGCGCAAAUUCUUCCCAUCGGACUUCGAAACUCAUAAGUAGGCAUCGACGCUGCAACUGAACAGCCGGUCUUCUCUCGAGUUCUCCGAAUCUCCGCUUCUCGACUUCUCGUUCUCGUUCUCGCUCUCGGCGCGAAAAUCCACGGUUUUUGUACUGUUGGCUAUACUGGCCGUCUAACGAAAAGAAGUCGUCUGCUACAGUACGGCUAUAACAGGCUAGACUUAGCUCAGACCUGCUGUCGAUCAAAAGUUCGAAAGAGCCGUCGUGAAAAUUCGACAAAAGGAAAUUAAAAAUGUUUGUUUGAUAUUCGAUAUUAAAAUUUCACGAUUUUGCGCUCAGGUAAAAGGCUCUUUCCCCCGUUUAAAAUGAUUCUGAGGAAAUGCUCGUCGAAGCUCUACUUACUGCCUUGCAGGUUAAACACUAUUUUUGUAGAAAGAGGAUUGGCAAAUAGUCACGCUAUAAAAACACCUGUGAAAUUAGCCUAUGCAUCCUACGAAUCUACUAAGGAAGCUGGAGCUGAUCCUUCAAAGCCACCAAUUUUGAUUAUGCAUGGACUUUUUGGCUCCAAAAGCAAUUGGAAUAGUUUAUCUAAAAGCAUACAUCAGAAAACUAAUAGAAAGGUUAUCACAAUAGAUGCUAGAAAUCAUGGAGAUUCUCCCCAUGCUCCUGAAAUGUCGUACUAUAAUAUGACUGAAGACAUAGCAUUACUUCUACGAGAUUUAGAGAUAAAUAAAGUGAUUUUGGUAGGACAUAGUAUGGGUGGCGGUGCAGUGAUGUAUACAGCACUGAGUUAUCCAGAAAUUGUGGACAAACUCAUUGUUGUUGAUUUCUGCCCUACCAAAACUAGUCCUAGUCUUCUCUCCAUGAUGAAGUUGUUUGAGGCAAUGCGUACUAUUUCUCUGGAUGGCACACCAUCAUUGUCAAAGGCACGAAAAUUAGCAGAUGAGCAGCUGUCUGUUUCUGUUAAAUCAAAUGCUAUCCGUCAAUUUUUACUGACAAAUCUUGUAGAGUCGGAGCCAGGAAAAUACAAAUGGCGUAUAAAUCUUCCAGUGUUAGAGGACAGUUUUGCAACGCGUAUAGCAGCGUUUCCAAAUGAAAAAGGCAGAACAUACAAUGGACCAACAUUAUUUAUUGCAGGAACUGAGAGUGAUUACAUCAAAGAAAGUGAUCAUCCACAUAUAAAAAAGAUAUUUCCAUUGGCCAAGUUUCAUUAUAUAACUGGUGCAGGACAUUGGGUACAUGCAGAUAAACCAGCUGAGUUUCUUGAUAGUUUAACUUCAUUUGUUAAUGAGAAACAUUGAUGAGAAAUUCACAGGUGACUAGAGGAAAUUCCUGUUUGUGUUCAUUAGUAUUAAGAUAUAUAGAUCGAAAAUUAUUCUGAGCUCUUGUAUAUUUUUUUUUCAAUUGAGUGACAAAAAUUCAAUCCUUAUACACAUAUAAUAUGAUGUUGGUAAAAUUGCUAUUAAAUUAACAUGUUUUUUAAUUUUAAUCUUUUACUUUCUGCAAGAGAAAAAAAACGCGUUUUUUGUAAAAACACGCCUUCAGAAGUGUAAAUAAUUUAAAAAAUUGUUAAAUAUAACAAACUGAUGAUAGUAUCAUCCGUGAUAAUAAUUGAUAUAUACUCAAUAUACAAUUGUAUAUAAUAUGUACAUGUAAAUAAAUUUACACAAGCAAACUUUGUUUGUUAGUACCAAAUA